AUGAGUUCAUUAUCAGUUCAUCAAUGUAUAAAAUUAUUGCAUAAUAAUUUGGAAAUCGAACCAGAAUUAAUGUAUUGUGCAAUAAAAGAAUUAAUAAGUGGUUCUACAUCCGAUGUAUUAAUAUCAUCAUUUCUAACUACCUUUCAUCCAGAUAAAUUAAAUUCAAAUUUAAUUAGAGUUGCAAUUGAAGCAUUAAGAGAAGAAGCAAUUCCAAUUCCAUUUAAUCAGAAUGUGAUGGAUAUGGUUGGUACAGGUGGAGAUGGAUUAAAUACAUUUAAUGUGACAACUGCAUCUAGUAUAAUAGUAUCAGCUGGUGGUCAAACAUUUAUAAAACAUGGAAGUCGUAGUUCCUCAUCGAAAUGUGGUGCAGCCGAUAUAUUAGAAGCUGCUGGAUGUAAAUUAAAUUUAACUCCUGAACAAUCAUUAAAAAUAUUAAAUCAAACAAAUUAUUGUUUUAUAUUUGGUCCUAUUUACCAUCCUGCUUGGAAAUAUGUUAGUACAAUACGAAAAGAAUUAGGAAUAAGAACUAUAUCUAAUGUCGUAGGACCAUUAAUAAGUCCAUUGAAUUGUAUUGGCUAUCGAAUAAUUGGAGUUUAUAAUUAUAAAUUUGGAAAAAUAUUUGCUGAAGUAUUAAUUGAUUUAGGAGUAAAAAGAGCUGCAAUCAUUCAUGCACAUGAUGGAAUGGAUGAAAUUAGUUGUUAUGAAAAAACACAUAUCUGGUUUGUUGAUAAUAAUCAAAUAAAUGAAUUUGAUUUAUCUCCUGAGGAUUUUGGAUUACCUAGACAUGAUUUAUCAAGUAUAAGAGGUGGUACACCUAAUCAGAAUUAUGAAACAUUAUUAAGAAUAUUUAAUGGAGAAAAUUUAGCUCAAACAGAUUUUGUAUUAAUGAACAGUGCUUUUGCAUUAGUUGUAUGUGAAAAAGCUAAAAAUUGGAAAGAAGGAAUACAAUUAGCUAAAGAUAUUAUUCAAUCGGGAAAAGCAAAACAAUUAUUAGAAAAAUAUUCUAAACUUAGUCAAACAAUUAGUGAUAAUACUGUCAUUUAUCCUUUAAUUCCUUCAAUCAAUGAUUCUCAUCCACCGUACGUUAAAAUAUGUGGAAUUCGUGAUAUCGAAUCUGCAUUAUGUGUUGCUAAUAAUGGUGGAGAUAUGUUAGGAUUAAUAUUUGCAGCAAAUUCGAAACGUAAAAUAACAUUGGAACAAGCAAAAUUAAUAGUAACGGAAGUUCAUUCAUGCCAACAUAGGCCAUUAAUAGUAGGAGUAUUUGCUAAUCAAACAGUAGAAGAAAUAAAUGAUAUAGUGAAACAAGUUGAAAUAGAUUAUAUUCAAUUACAUGGCAAUGAAGGAUUUGAUAUUGUUACAAAAUUAAUUAAACCUGUUAUUCGAUCAAUUCCAGUUAUUCCAAAUGAAACAACUGCAGAACAAAUAUUAAAUAUAUUAAAUCAAGAAAAACAAGCUGGAUGGAGAAUUGCAGCUGUUUUAUUAGAUACGAAAUUACCUCAAAGCAAUAAUGAUGAUGGAGGAACAGGACAAACAUUUGAUUGGAGUAUAGCAGCAACAAUUGGUUUAGAAUAUCCUACUAUAUUAGCUGGUGGUUUAAAUCCUGAUAAUGUUCAAUCUGCUGUUCGUAUUGCAAAUCCGUGGGCUGUUGAUGUUGCAAGCGGAGUGGAAAAGGAUAAAAAUUCGGUUGAAAAAGAUCACGAGAAGAUUCGUCAAUUUAUUGCUAAUGUAAAAUUAUCCCAUUAA